GGCGUGGUUUAAAGUUCCAGAGUAAUAUCCCAUCUCCUCCUCACAACACCAUUCAUUCAUCAUUCCACGGCUAUUUCCUCCCCAUUCCCCUUUCUUUUUAACACUGUAAUUAAAGAACCCCACCAUCUCCCUUCCCUUACUCAUCCCGUUUUUGCACUUAAUGCCACCCCCAAUCACCAACAAUGCUUUCCUUUCCUGCAUUUCUUAUUUAUUACGUCUCUUCUUGAAUACCCACAUCAAUUACAAGGCAGGCUGAUCAUCUGUUCCAAAGGCUGUUGACUUUUGAUACUGAAUCUUUUAUCGGGCAUCUAAACCUAAUGCUGUCUUGACUGAAAAUGGGGUGUUGUGUCUCCACAAGUAGUCAGAGUAGUUGUAGUAGUAUGAGCAAUGGAGAGAUCAUUUCUCGUCCAUCUUGUUUCGAGAUCGUUAUGUGUGGUGGCCAAAAGAAAACGAGAAGAAUGUUGUCCGACCAUGUAAGUGCCUUGCAGAAUAUGUCGUCCAUUCCAAACCGGAUUUUUACAAAUGGAAAGAGCCAGAGUUCUUGUAUAUUUACUCAGCAAGGGCGUAAGGGCGUAAAUCAGGAUGCAAUGAUUGUGUGGGAAGAUUUCAUGGCGGAAGAUGUGACUUUCUGUGGAGUAUUUGAUGGCCACGGACCUCAUGGCCAUCUUGUUUCUCGUAAAGUUCGUGAUACAUUACCAUUGAAGUUAUUUUCUUUUCUUGAUUCUUAUGAGUCGAAGAAAAACAAGUCUACUGGUUCUAUUUGUUGCAGUCUGAAUUCUAGAUCAGAUGGAGCCGAUUGUGAGGUGGGAACAGACGAUAAAGCAGUCUCGUUAUGGAAAGAUGCAUUUUUGAAAUCGUAUAAAUCGAUGGAUAAAGAGUUGAGGUCUCAUCCCAGUUUGGAUUGCUUUUGUAGUGGCAGCACUGCUGUCACCAUUGUAAAACAGGGAUCAAAUCUUUUCAUGGGAAGUAUAGGAGAUUCACGGGCCAUCAUGGCGUCCAAUGAUAGCAACGAUUCACUUGUAGCGAUUCAGUUAACCGUUGAUCUAAAGCCUGACUUACCAAGAGAAGCUGAAAGGAUUAAACGUUGCAAAGGUCGAGUUUUUGCAUUGCAGGAUGAACCAGAGGUAUCAAGAGUUUGGCUACCGUUUGAUGAUGCCCCAGGCUUAGCGAUGGCACGAGCUUUUGGAGAUUUCUGUUUAAAGGAAUACGGGGUGAUUUCUAUUCCUGAAUUUUCUCACAGGGUCCUCACUGAGAGAGAUAAGUUCAUCGUUCUUGCCUCAGAUGGGGUUUGGGAUGUUUUAAGCAACGAAGAGGUGAUCGAGAUAGUGUCAUCUGUUCCAGCUCGGUCAUCAGCGGCAAGAACGGUUGUUGACUCUGCUGCUCGGGAAUGGAAGACCAAAUACCCGACAUCUAGAAUGGACGAUUGUGCAGUUGUUUGCUUAUUUUUCGAUGGUAAGAUGGAUUCUGAAUCUGAUUGUGAAGAACAAGGUUUCUCUUCUGCAACCCUCCAGAGCAAUCAGUCUGGUAAUGGAGUUGAAUCGGACGAUGGCCAGAACUCCGAGCCAUUGUUGCAGAGAAACUUUACGGUCAGAUCAUCAGAAGGGAACAAUGAUGGUUUGAAAAGAGUUGGUGAUGAAGAAGCGGUUGUGGUGGUUGCUGAAGAUCACGGUUGGUCAGGAUUGGAAGGCGUUACCCGGGUCAACUCGUUGGUCCAGCUUCCAAGAUUUUCGGAGGAGACACCAAGGGCAUGAUUGUUUUGCUUCUUAUUUUAGUUAUAACUAAUGCAUCAGUUGUAUAAUGUUAUUGUCUUUGUGGAACGUGAAAGAAUCUCUUUCGAUUGA